CUCGCCUCGCCUCGCCUCACCUGUGGCCGGCCGGUCUGCACUUUCCUACCUGCAGCUGGCCCCUUCACACCGCUCUGAACUCGAAACUCGCGCUCCUUCCUCUCCUGAACGGCCAAAGGCGAUGUGGUGCUCGCGCUCGCUCUCGUCGUGCACGCUGCCGCCGCUGCUGCGGUCGUUGCCGCUCCUGCUCGCGCUGCUGCUGCGCGCCUCGCGCGGGGAGCUCGUGUUCCGCUGCCCGAGCUGCACGGCCGAGCGCCAGGCCGCGUGCCCCAGCCCGCCGGCCGCGUGCGUCGAGAUCGUGCGCGAGCCCGGCUGCGGCUGCUGCCCCGUGUGCGCGCGCCUGCUGGGCGAGCCGUGCGGCGUGUACACCCCGCGCUGCGCCAGCGGACUGCGCUGCAACCCCACCCCCGGGGAGCCGUACCCGCUCGAGCAGCUCAUCCGGGGUCUCGGGCGCUGCGAGAGGAGAGUGGAGCCCACGGUCAGCCACGACUUACUGGACAUUUCCACGGAGGACGGAGAGCCAUACGGCACAAGGUCCCCAUUUCAGAAGAAGCAGACCAAAGAUGCCAACUACUGGCUCAAGGAGACUGCGGUCAGGCAUCACCAGAACGAACAGAAGACCAGGAUGAUGGGAAAUCGUGGGGAGGAGCUCAAGAGCCCUCGGCCCAGACAGAGUCAGUGUCAGCAGGAGCUUGAUAAGGUGCUGGAGGAGAUCUCUAAAAUGACCUUCCAUGACAACAAAGGAACCCUGGAGAACCUGUAUGAACUAAAGUUCCCCAACUGUGACCAGAAAGGACACUAUAAUCUAAAACAAUGCCACAUGUCCACCCAUGGGCAGCGGGGCGAGUGCUGGUGCGUGAACCCCCACACUGGCGUCCAGAUUCCCUCCUCGAUCAGGGUGAGGGGGGACCCCAACUGCAGCCAGUACACCGGUGGGCCUGAGUUGGAGCCCCCCACCGGCCUGCAGAAAUAGACGUGCUCUCUCACCACCGGGGGGACGAGCGGAGCUACAGAACAAUGAGAGAUGAAGCUGGAGAGAGGCGUGCAUGCGUAUAUUCCUGUGUGUAUAUGUGUAUAAAAUGUUUCAGUCCCUGUUUGAUUUGCAUUCUAAUCACAUGGAAUAGAAAGAGCUGCAUGUCAUGGCACAUGACGAAAGCCAAAACAGAAGACAAGGGCAGAGUCCUAUCCCCCUCUAACUUUUCCACUCAUAAAUGUAUAUGAAAUUUGACAAUGAGAGACUUGCACCGUGUCCUCCCAUUCCUGAAUUUUAUCAUACUUUACUCAAUAAGCACUGGUAGUAAUGGUGCUAACAUUAAGCCCAGUUUGUUAAACGGUAGGUGUAGCUCCAUCCAUCUCAUUUCAGUCCACUUUUCCUUUUGGAGCUGUGCUAGCACUUGUUGAGGCCACUCAGUACCUGCACUGUUGCUUCAUUUCAAAUGAAGUUGAGCAGUAAAUGUUUAGCUAAAUACAAAGGGUUGUAUUCUAGGCUAACCAAUAGCCUAAAAAGCUAAUUUUAAAAUGGAACAGUGCACUUAAUAUACAUAAACUUUAUUUACUCCUUUUACAUGGCAGUUCCAUGUGCAGUGAAACCAUCAGUGCUGUAUACUUACAUUCAUACCCAGUCUUUCCCUACCGCUGCCUGCUCUCUGUGAUCCCCCCUCACCCACCCCUUCCAAAGCCUGUGGAGCUGCAUUCUCUGUAGUGGAGAGGCCUUGUCUCCUGUCUGCAGGGUGUCCAGAGGAUUGGUUUGUGUGGCUGUGUGUGUGUGUAUGUGUGUAUAUAUGUGUAGGGAGCGUAGCCACUGUUGGCAGCUGAUAGACCUCUGCCUGCCCCACCCCGCCCCUCAUCCUAUCCAGUUCUUCCCAUCCAGUUAUGUGGAGAGGAAAAAAGAGGUGGAGUGGUAUGAUGGGUUAGGGUGGAGGGGGGCACAAGUGGUUACUAAUGACGUGCUGACAGAGGUUGAGAUUAGGACACAAGGCUGACAUUGACAAAUGCAAUAUUAAGUGGGUUAAGGGCCUAUAAAUAAACACAGGUUUGCAAAUGUAUUCCUGCAAUGCAGAUGGGCCAGGCUUUACCUAGCUGCUCUACAGUCUCCUGGGGGUUGGGAUGGAGAAAGGGCCUGAGAGAGUGUGGGGGGUGGUGGUUGGGGCUAGUUGUACAGUUGUGUGAAAGGAGGCCAAGUGGUGCACAGGUUGAGUGGGUGUGCUAAGCUUACCCUGUCAGCAGAUUUCCCACCUGGUGCGAUCCGUUUAGUACAAGUGCUGCUCAGCAGGUAUGCAGGGACCAGACCUGUGAUUGCACUUAAUGAGAAUUCCGAUUACGUUUGAUUCAGCCUGUGAAAUAUGAUCUUGCUUGUUGUCCGUCAGUCUCUCUCUCUCUCUCUCUCUCUCUCUCUCUCUCUCUCUUUGUCUUUGUCUCUCUAUGAGCGAAUAGCAUUGAACUGCUCAAAAUGACUGCAUCCAGAAAUAGCAGCUGAUUAAGCUUGAUCGAUUGUAAACAAAUGCGGCACAGCUCCGUACGAAAAGCUCAGUACGAAAAACCGGACUUCAACUGCUCAGCUCGAUUUGGACCUCUGUGAGUUUGCCUCUCAGAUAACAUGUUAACCUCCAAUAACUCACAUGGCAUUGCCAUGUCCAGCGCGCCUUUAAAAUUAGCUUUCAUUGAUUUUCUUUUUUUAGUGUGUAUUUUGGUGCUACAGACCAGCUCUCUUAAAUCCCUCUCCCCCCAUCGCGGGCUUUGGGUGCCAGCAGAGAGAUUGCUGAGACACUGGCUGUGAGUUUUCCGUUUGGGUUGGUUUCCGAAAUAGAUUGCUGCCUGCCCUCCGGUGGUACAGUAAAUUUUACGGUAGUUUGAGUCUGGCCUAGUUUGAAAACAAAGCGAAACCAAUCCCUGCGGUUUUUGGGCAUAUUGAUUUCCCAGAGUUGUCCUAAAGGGCUGAAAGAGAGUGUGUGUGUGUGUGUGUGUGUGUGAUGGCAUGAAUGCGUGUACGGAGGGGGUUGCUGUGCCACGCCUGCAGCCAGAGGACAGAGGAAAGCAGUGUUUGCCAUCUGCUGCAGUGUAAAACUGUCAGAGCUGCUCGCUGUGUUUGAUGAACCUCAUAUAGGCGACAGGGGAAAUUUCAGCAAAUCAAAAACACCAUGUGCCAUGCCAGCCUCUCACAUGCACUUACUUUUUUUCUAUUUUUUUUGUAACUUUGCAUGUUACUGAGUACUGGGAGGCACACCAGCAUCAGAUAGUAUGAUAGCUUUACUCUGUUAACCGCCAAAAAAGCAGCAUGCUUCCUGUGUCUUCUUAUAGAAAUGGUCAGUGAAUAAAAGUGCCUGCCUGUAAUUCAGAAAAGGGAAGCCAUAAAUGCAUGUGAAGCAGCACAGUUAAUGUCAUUUAUUACAGAACUUUAAAAUAUGAUUAAACAAGUUACUUUCAAAA